GAUCCGGCGUUAUUCCAUCACAGUCGUCCAGCUCAGGCCACUCGCCACUCGGCUUCCCCCAAAUUCCGCCACCGCCCGCCGCCCGCCGCCGGUCCCUCCCGGCUUUCCUAGCCUCGAGGGCUCACGCAGGUGCUCGCUCACCUCGACCUUCCGUUGUAAUGGAGGGAGAGCGAGGCCUUUGCUGACCUUCCCACACCGUAGCUUCCCCUCCGCGGCGGCGAGCAGUUGAGCACCGCCUCGCCGGUGGCGGAGUUCCCCCUCCUCGUCGGUGGCUCGGCACUGAGCCUAGCUACCAUGUCGUCGUCAUCGCUGGCACACUCCUUGUACCGCCGUCGUAUCGUCGAAUACAAAGCAGCGGCCUACUGCUCACGGCUCCCCUUCCGCGCGAGGCCGCCCUCGCGCCCGCGUAUCGGCGCCGGCGCCGACACCACCUCAGCACAUGGGAUUGAUAGUAGCAUCAUCACCAUUCAGACUAUGAAGUGUUGGGAGACCUUGAAUCACAUGGCCUACAAAUUUGGGAGGCUUGACAAGUCUGAUGGAAAGCUGACCUUGAAGAUACUGAGUUCUAUUGUGGAGCGACCAGGUUUAGACCGAAUUACCUAUAUUUACUGUAUGGCUGUUCAAAUUCUCAUCCAGGCUCAAAUGCAUUCACAAGCAAUGUCAGUGUUGAGGCAUCUUGCCUUGACAGGCUUCUCCUGCAAUGCUAUUUUUAGCUCCCUCUUGCGGACCAUUUCACGUUUUGAUUCCACCAAUCGUGCCGUAUUUGACCUCCUUGUCAAAGCAUAUGUCAAGGAACAAAAAGUGGUCGACGCAGUUGUGGCAGUUUUCUUUAUGGAUGACUGUGGAUUUAAGGCUUCAGCUGUUGCUUGCAAUACCAUCCUUAAUGCUCUUGUGGAGGAAGGGGAAUCAAAACAUGCCUGGUUAUUCUUGAAAGAAAGUUUGUCCCGUAAAUUCCCUCUGGAUGUUACCACUUGUAAUAUUAUUCUGAAUUCCCUGUGCACUAAGGGUGAAUUUAGAAAGGCUGAAGAUAUGCUUCAGAAGAUGAAGAGCUUUCGCUUAGCUAAUUCUGUCAGUUAUAAUACAAUACUACAUUGGUAUGUUAAGAAGGGGAGGUUUAAGGCUGCCCUGUGUGUUCUAGAAGAUAUGGAGAGGAAUAGUAUACAGUCAGAUGUGUAUACUUAUAACAUCAUGAUAGAAAAAAUAUGUAAAAUAAAGAGGAGUGCACGUGCUUUCCUUUUACUCAAAAGAAUGAGGGAAGAUAACUUAACACCUGAUGAAUGUACAUACAAUACUUUGAUCAAUGGCUUUUUUUGUGAAGGUAAGAUAAACCAUGCUCACUAUGUCUUCAAUCAUAUGCUGAGACAAACUUUGGCUCCAAGUGUAGCUACUUACACUACAAUGAUUGAUGGGUACUGCCGAAAUGGGAGAACUGAUAAAGCCCUAAGUGUUCUGUCCGAAAUGCAAAUUACUGGUGUUAUGCCAAGUGAACUAACUUAUAGUGCUUUGUUGAAUGGUUACUGCAAACUUUCCAUGCUGCAACCUGCUCUAGAUCUCGUUAAAGAUCUGAGUUCAAGAGGCAUAACCAUCAAUAAGACAAUGUAUACCAUUCUCAUUGAUGGUUUAUGUCAAGUAGGUGAGAUUUCCAAGGCUAAACAAAUUUUAAGGAGUAUGCUUGAGGAUGGAGUUGAUCUGGAUGUUAUCACUUAUUCAGCAUUGAUCAAUGGCAUGUGCAGGAUGGCUAAGUUGCAUGAAACAAAAGAAAUUUUGUCAAGGAUGCAGAAAAGUGGAAUUUUACCUAAUCAUGUGCUAUACACAACUCUAAUUUGUUACUAUUGUAAGGCUGGGUAUGUCAAAGAGGCACUGAAGCAUUUUGUGGACAUGUAUCGAAGGGGGCUAGUUGCCAAUGCAGUCAUCCAUAAUGCAUUAUUAUGUGCUUUCUAUAGAGAGGAAAUGAUUACAGAGGCUGAACACUUUAGACAAUACAUGUCUAGGAUGAAGAUAUCAUUUGAUUCUGUCUCCUUUAACUGCAUAAUAGAUAGUUACUGCCACAGAGGUAACCUAGCUGAGGCAUUUUCAGUUUAUGAUAAUAUGGUCAGAUAUGGUCAUUCUCCAAAUGUUCGCACAUAUCAGAAUUUGCUUAGAGGAUUAUGUCAAGGAGGCCACUUGGUACAAGCGAAGCGGUUUAUGUCCUGCCUUCUCGACAUACCUUCUGCUAUUGAUGAGAAAACUUUCAAUGCACUACUUCAUGGGAUAUGCAAAUAUGGAACCCUGGAUGAAGCUUUGAAUUUAUGUGAGAAAAUGGUCAAAAACAACUUUUUACCUGAUAUCCAUACUUACACCAUUCUUCUCAGUGGUUUUUGCAGGAAAGGCAAAAUUUUGCCUGCAUUCAUCGUGUUGCAGAUGAUGUUGGAGAAAGGAUUAGUCCCUGAUACUGUUGCAUAUACCUGCUUGUUGAAUGGGUUGAUCAAUGAAGGCCAAGGGAAGGCUGCUUCUUAUGUUUUCCAGGAGAUCAUAUGCAAGGAAGGCCUGUAUGCAGAUUGUAUUGCCUAUAAUUCAUUGAUGAAAGGGUACCUCAAGGGUGGAAACUUAAAUACUAUGAAAAAGGUGAUGUCUGGUGUGCAUAAGAAUGAGGUUUAUCCAAACACUGCUAGCUAUAACAUACUUAUGCAUGGGUAUGUCAAGAAGGGACAACUUUCAAGGUCUUUUUAUCUGUACAAAGAUAUGGUGAGGAAAGGGAUCAGACCAAACAAUGUUACAUAUCGCUUGCUCAUUCUUGGGCUUUCUGAGUGCGGGAUGAUUGAUAUUGCAGUUAAGUUUUUGGAGAAGAUGGCCUUAGAAGGCAUUUUUCCUGAUAAGUUUGCUUUUGAUAUACUGAUAACAGUCUUCAGUGAUAAAUCCAAGAUGCACAAGGCACUACAACUUUUCGAUUGUAUGAAGUGGUUACAUAUGUCACCCAGCAAUAAAACUUAUAGUGCCAUGAUAAAUGGAUUAAUCAGAAAAAAUUGCUUCGAUCAGAGUCAUGCAGUUUUACGUGAGAUGUUAGAAAAAGGGCUCCAACCAAACCAUACACAUUAUAUUGCAUUGGUCAACGCAAAAUGUCGAGUUGGUGAGAUUGAUGGAGCAUUCAGGCUAAAAGAAGAAAUGAAAGCUCUUGGUGUUGUGCCUCCUGAAGUUGCUGACAGCUCAAUUAUUAGAGGUCUGUGUAGAUGUGGGAAACUUGAGGAGGCAGUCAUAGUUUUUAGCAAUAUGAUGCGCUCAGGAAUGGUGCCAACUGUUGCUACUUUCACUAGUCUAAUGCAUGGUUUUUGUAAAGAAUCCAAAAUUGCUGAUGCUUUGCACUUGAAGGGGUUGAUGGAGUUAUGUAAAUUGAAGGUUGAUGUUGUCAGUUACAAUGUUAUAAUUACUGGUUUAUGCAAUAACAAGCGUAUCUCUGAUGCACUAGAGCUUUAUGUAGAGAUGAAAUCAAAGGGUCUUUGGCCGAAUAUUACAACCUAUAUAACACUCAUUGGAGCUAUGUAUGCAACUCGGAGAAUGGAGGUUGGAGAGAAAAUACUGGAGGAUAUAGAAGAAAGGGGUCUUAUUCCAUCCAAGCAUCCUGAAAGUCUCGAAAGGCGGAUGGAGGAUGCAAUUAGAAGGUUAAACAUGAUAAGAAACUGCAGAAAGGGAAUGCCUUUUAAGGAGGUCGAGGUAUUGCCAAUAGAAAGCUGCCAGUGAUUGAAAUUCCACUUAAAUUUACCAGUGUCAAAAGAAUUUCGAGCAUUUGACCCUGGCAGAAAACUAUGGUUACCUUUUCUGGUUUAUACCCUGUGAUACCUUGUGUUGUCAUCCUCCAUCGAGGGAUCCAUUCUAGAUAUGUUGAAUGUGAUUUGCCUUGCACGGCUAAUUCAGAGCCAAUCAGGUGGGGGGCAACAGUGUUUUGGUUUCAGGCAGGGGCUACUGAACCACAGACGGGGACAGUGGGCGGUGGAGGUGGAACCCAAUGCUGUCUCGAGCUCAGCCUGUGCUUGCACUAAUGGGAGGUAAGCAGAGGUGCAAUCUGGGCCUCACUUGUAAUUUAGCUCCAUGAGCAGGAAAUUUUCAGGUUUCACCAUGUUUCCAUUAAUUUGAUACAUUGCCUACUUGUGGAUUUACUUAUUAUCAAGUGCCAUAUUUCUGUUGCAGUCAGAAUGUACUCAUUGCAGAGGUUCUGGACCCCGUUUGGGAGAGCUCCGGCCAGCUCCGGCUCCUCCUGACAAAACACUGUUCACUAGAGCCGGUUUUUUCUCUCCUUUCCCCUCCCUCUCACGGAGCCAGGAGGAGCCGGUGGAGCCACAAAAGGUCUUGUCCUCUAGUGAACAGUGUUUUGUCAGGAGGAGCUAGAGCCGGCCGGAGCUCUCCCAAACGGGCUCUCAGUAUCAAUCUCGCAUUCCAAUUGCCAGGAGCUUUUUAAAUGCCUGUCACUCGAGGGCAAGACCUUGGAUGGACCAUUCUGAUGUAUACUAUUUACAAGAUGGAUGGCUCUCAUGCGUUCACUUAGGCAAAUUUUUUUGUUGGACAAAUUGUUUGGAUCUCUGAAGGUGACUCUGGAACAAAGCAGGUAUGAAUGCAUCGGUACUGUUGAAAUAGAAUCUUUUAUUUAAAGGCAGCUGCAGCCUGUAUUCACGAGAGGCGAAUUUCUGAAGGGUCAGGACGAAUGUUCAAUAAAGAUGUAUGCAACAUUGUGUGGCGAAGGUGUGAGGUAGCUGAUUUGGAUUUUAGAUGUGGUUCAAGAGUACAGGGGCCUUAGCCAAUCUGAAUUUCAGUUGAAGAGUGAUAUAAAGAGUCGGUUUUUUUGGUCUGAUCACGAUUGAAAAACUAAGGGCAAAGCAACAGUUUCGUCUGAUGACCAUCAAAGUAGCAGAGGCCAGUUCGAAGCUUUUCUUCAUGCAGGCAAACGACUGGAGGAAAAAUUUUAUUUAGCAACUUGAAGCUGAUGGUCGUUCUUGUACAGUCAUACUGAGAAAGAGGAAUGCUCUGUUCGGCCAACCCUCGGCAUGAUCCAGUACUCUGUAUGCAUACGACUUGGUAACUUGAAGCUGAUGGUCGUUUUUUUGGAUGCAACUUCAUGGAUCAUGUGUGUCCACAAAUUACAAGGCACCUUUUUGUCUUGCUUUUUGUAUGCAUACGAACAUGUGCAUCCAUCUGUAGGCAUUUAUAACACUGAAAUACUUCGAGGCUUUCAUUUUCAA